AAAUAGGAAGAUAAUUUGAUUACUUUCAUAUAACCAAUCUAAAAUCUAUCGGUAAAAUCAUCAAUUAAACACAACAAAAAUGUCUUCAACAAGUGGAAAAAAAUAUGAUUUCAGUGGUAAAGUUGCUCUUGUUACAGGAUCAAGUUCGGGUAUUGGUGCCGCAAUUGCCUUACAAUUUGCACAAUAUGGUGCUCAAGUUACAAUCACUGGUCGUGAUGCAGCCGCUUUAGAAUCAGUAGCCAAACAAAUUGAAGCUGAAACUGGUCAUCAACCAUUGCAAAUUGUUGGCAAUCUUCUUGAUCAAUCAUUACCGGCUAAAUUGAUCGAUGGAACUAUAUCCAAAUAUGGUCGAUUAGAUUUUCUUGUAAACAAUGCUGGUUUUUCUACACCACAUAAAGAUAUUCAUGAUGAAAAAUUGAUGGAAGCUUUUGAUCAAGUUUAUGGACUAAAUGUUCGUGCUGUUAUUCAAUUAAGUCAAUUAGCAGCAACACAUUUAGAAAAAUCCAAAGGUAAUAUCAUCAAUAUUUCAAGUAUUGCAUCUAUAAUUCCGUAUCAAAUUAUUUAUAGUUCAUCAAAAGCAGCAUUGGAUAUGAUCACCAAAACAAUGGCAUUAGAAUUUGGUAAAAAAGGUGUUCGAGUCAAUUCAAUCAAUCCUGGACCUGUUUCUACUGGUUUUUUACGUUCGAUAGGAAUGACGGCUGAAAGUUAUGUGAAAGAAGCAGAACGUUUUAAAGAAUUUACUCUAUUAAAAUUCGUACCAGAACCUGUUCAAAUUGCUAAUCUUGCAUCAUUUUUAGCAUCGGAUGAUGCUCGCAAUAUGACUGGUUCGAUUGUCGUUAGCGAUACUGGAGCUAUUGGUAAAGUUGCUCUUGUUACAGGNGCAAUUGCCUUACAAUUUGCACAAUAUGGUGCUCAAGUUACAAUCACUGGUCGUGAUGCAGCCGCUUUAGAAUCAGUAGCCAAACAAAUUGAAGCUGAAACUGGUCAUCAACCAUUGCAAAUUGUUGGCAAUCUUCUUGAUCAAUCAUUACCGGCUAAAUUGAUCGAUGGAACUAUAUCCAAAUAUGGUCGAUUAGAUUUUCUUGUAAACAAUGCUGGUUUUUCUACACCACAUAGAGAUAUUCAUGAUGAAAAGUUGAUGGAAGCGUUUGAUCAAGUUUAUGGAUUAAAUGUUCGUACUGUUGUUCAAUUAAGUCAAUUAGCAGCAACACAUUUAGAAAAAUCUAAAGGUAAUAUCAUCAAUAUUUCAAGUGUUGCAUCUUUGGUUCCGGUAAGAUUUUUAAUUGAUUAAUUUCUAAAAAUAAAUAUUAACAAUUCCAUCAAUUUUUUAAAGGUACAUAUAAUUUAUAGUUCAUCAAAAGCAGCAUUGGAUAUGAUCACCAAAACAAUGGCAAUAGAAUUCGGUAAAAAAGGUGUUCGAGUCAAUUCAAUCAAUCCUGGACCUGUGGCAACUCAAUUUAUGCGUUCACUCGGAAUGCCGGUUACAUUUUUAAAGGAAAACGAAGAAUUUGUCAAAGAACUUACUCUUUUGAAAUUUGUAGCACAACCAGUUGAAAUUGCUAAUCUUGCAUCAUUUUUGGCAUCAGAUGAUGCUCGCAAUAUGACUGGUUCUAUUGUUGUUAAUGAUACUGGAUCAUUGUUGGCACCUAGAGUUGAUUUUAAAAAAUUGGAUGAAAUUAAGAAAAAAUAAGCUGAUUAAUUGUUAAUUAUAAAAAUACAAUUGAAAAUCUGUCAAGGACAAAUGAUCAAAACCAACUAUUUCCAAUAAAA